CAUUCGGGAUUUGGUCAAAGAAGAAAUGUCGUCUUCUCAAGUUACAGGUGUUCCAACUUCACCACCAAAAACUAUUCGUCAUACUGCUGAUUUCCAUCCCACAAUAUGGGGAGAUCAAUUCCUCAAAGAUACUUCUGAACUCAAGACAAUUGAUCCUACAACUCAAGAAGAUUAUGAGCAACUGAAACAAGAGGUAAGAUGGAUGAUAAUGGAUACAUCACAAACGCAUGCUCAGAAAUUACACUUGAUUGAUGCAAUCCAACGGUUAGGUGUGGAUUAUCACUUUCCAGAAGAGAUAGAUGAUGCUUUGGAGAAAAUUUAUAGUGACAAUAUUGAAUAUAAUGAUCUCUAUACUGUUUCCAUCCAUUUUCGACUUCUUCGACAGCAAGGAAUUAAGAUUAUUUGUAAUGUAUUUGAAAAGUUCAAAGAUGAUGAAGGGAAAUUCAAGGCAUCCUUGAUUAACGAUGUUCCUGGAAUGCUAAAUCUAUACGAGGCAGCACACUUUGCUAUUCACGGAGAAGAUAUUCUAGAUGAAGCCCUCACUUUUACUACCACUCACCUUAAGUCAAUGGUGUCUAGUGCAAGCCCUCACCUUGCAAAACAAAUAAAUCAUGCUCUUAAUUGUCCUCUCCGGAAAGGCCAACCGAGGCUAGAGGCAAGAUUUUUCAUGUCUGUUUAUUCAAGAGAUGAUUCACACAAUAAAACUUUGUUAAAGUUUGCCAAGUUAGACUUUAACAUGUUACAAGCAAUGUACCAGAAGGAUCUCAAAGACGUCUUACAGUGGUGGAAUAAUGUAGACUUCAUUUCAAAGCUGUCUUACGCGAGACAAAGAAUGGUGGAGGAAUAUUUUUGGGCAUUGGGAAUUAUUUUUGAGCCACAAUAUGCAUUUGGUAUUAGGAGUAUGGCCAAAUUAAUAUGUCUGUUAACCCUCAUAGACGAUACAUACGAUUCCUAUGGUACAAUUGAAGAACUCACACUGUUUACAGAAGCCGUCAAAAAGUAUGUAAAAAGCUUAAAAUAAAUCCUUUUCAAAUUUCAUAGUAAAUCUAGAAAUUGUAUUCAAUAAUUCAAUUUUCAGAUUU